CAGCCCCGGGAAGUUUCUCUCAGCCUCCGCAACACUGGUGUGAACGAGUCCCGGCGUUAUCUGGUGUCCUGUCCCAGUCGCUCUCACUAACCGAGGUCGCAGGGCACGCUUUGGAGAACCCGGAACGAGGAGAAGAUGGGCAGACGCGCCAACCACACCGCAGAGGGCUUUCGUCUUCAAUGAGAGGAGGGGGACCAGGAGGGAAGCUGGGCGAGUGAGGCGCACGGAUUCCGAGACCAGCGUGGCUGUGCUGAGUCCAGCUCAGCAACACAGAGAGACGGGUGCCAACAGGGCAUAAGAAAACACAGAAUAGAAAGAAAGAUGGGACCGGGGAACUCAAGACCUCGAGGAUCAAGAGCCCCGACAUUCAAUGCCGCAUCACUUAUAUUGAGCUUCUUGGUAUGCAGAAAGCAUCUGUUUUUUAAGAUAAUAUAAGUUUCCCAUGUUCCCGGUCACGUCCCCAGUUUAUGUUUUUCUUUUGAACUUCUAUGUUAUUUUCUGUACAAAGGGCACCAUAUGGCUGGGAGCAAAGAUCUCCCCGCAGGAACAUCAGAGAAACAACCAGUGCGUGUGCAAGCAGCUUUCUGACUUGCGCUGACGGGGCAUUGCUAAGUCCGCACUCCUCUCUCUCCAUCUGCUCAAGCAGGUCACUCUGACCCCAGCCAAUCAGCCCAUGUACUCUGGUUAUUAUUUGUUGCUGUUUCCUGUUAUUUUUUUUCUCAUGGUUUUGCAAAGACAUCUGGAGAAUGUUUUCCCACAUGGUUGGACUGGAUAGGGCUCCUGUUCUCUGAUAGGUUGCUGUUCUCUGAAGAAGCUGACCAGGGGCUUGUUCUGAACCUCAGUGUUGCUCAGACAUGGGGGCGACCCAACGUUCAGGAACCUGUGGGGAGGACUGUCCCAAUGUGGGGUUAGAAAUGGGACACAAGAGAACUUGGUCAAGCCCAAAUGUGUGGGACCACGGACCUCCUGGUGUCAAAGGUAAAAUGUCAAAGUGGGGCUGGCCUCUGCAUCCCUGCAGGGAGCACCACAGAGUAUCUUGUACUCUGGGAACUGAUCCACAGUGACUUUCCCCACAAGCUGAUUUCUGCCUCAGGAGGUCCCAAUGCCCUCCUGUCUGUGUAGAACAGCAAUCAGUACUGAGUCUGCAAAGAAAAGAGUUUUAUUUGGGGUCUUAAGAAUUGCAAUUCAGGGGGACAUGGAUUUGAUUUGAUGGAAUACUAUUUAUGUUUUUGAGGCAUGACAAGAAAAUGUAAGCAUAUUGGGCUCUUCCUAAUGUUGAUUUGUGUGGCUUCAUUAACCAGCAGACCUUCUCAAAGGGGGAGGAGUGUCUGCUCCACGAGAAAGAUUUUAAAGUAUUCCUUCUUCUCCCACCAGCAGUAUAACUCCAAGAUAAUACUCCUUUCCUAAUCCUGUCAGGGGUCAUGCUGAUCUGCAGAUUUAGACUGUAUUUUUGGUGAACUUUAUGAGAAAUGUCAUUGCAUCAUUUUGAUGUAUGUUCCUUUGUCUCAGAAAUGUAUAUGACUUAGGACUUCCCUGGAAGUCCAGUGGUUAAUAAUCCACCUUUUAAUGCAGGGCACUCAGGUUCAUCCCUAAUUUGGGGAACCUAAGAUCCCACAAGCAGCAGAGAGCGACCGAAAAAUAAAAAAAAAUUUUAUAUGACUGCCUUAGACUUCUAGUAAGUGGAACUGUCCUCAAAGUUUUAUAAGAAACUAUCUGCUGAGUUAUAAUCCUCAGGUUGGCUUAAAUAAAAUUCUCUUAUCUUCUCUAUUCGAUUCAAUGUUAAUUUUUCAUCAACAGUGUAAAACUGAAAGAGUGUUGUAGGGAGGAGAAAGAGUAUCAGGCUUAUUAAAGGAAAAGCCACAGGGCUGUUAAAGUUGCCUGGAAUGAAUUAUGGUAGACACUGACACAGGGAACCAAAUAUUUAUCCUUGAGAGACAGGCUGUCAUGCGUUAUUUAAGGGAAGGGUCCGUUUAAGUAUCUUGACUUUCUGAACCACUGGGCAAAUGUUCUGGAGGCCUGCAUUAAGGCAGCAAGUAGUGAAAAGUUCAGAUUCCAUCUGGGCUGAUUACUGCAUAAACCCCAGUUCUUCAGGGGCCUCCUGGCUCCAGUUUAUUGCGCUCCCUUGGUAAUAAUGACUCCAUUUUAUUUUUCCUUUCAUACCCGUCUCGUCUUUUUCUGGCUCCCGGACUUUGGGGGUAGCCCUGACACAGGGAGCACUGAAAGGAACUGAGUGGCACUUUUAUGUUCAGGAAAAGGGGAAUGCAACCUGUGAAGUGAUGCUGUGUCCGUCUGGCCAAGGGUAGAUUCGGCUUGGAGUUCACCGGCGCUGCCAAGUGUCCCGGAACAUAAGCCAGGCAGUAAAGGGCUGAAGCCGACUACCCGUACUUCCGCCCUGCUUGGCCACGUGGCCUCUAGCCGGCCUGUCCCUCACAAUCUAGUCCUUCACUUGUUGUCAAUCAAGGCCCGGAAGGGGGUGUUCCCAGAGGCACAUCCAAUCAGGGACGAGGGUGGGCACGUUCGCUGACGUGGUGACGUCGCUCUCUGCUGCCAGGGCGUCCCAUCGCACCUACCUCGCCGGACACUUGGUGUCCUUGCUGUCGCUCUGACCUGUCUGAGCCAUUGGGCUGCAAGGCCACGGAGACAGCCACCUGAAUGCGGGGGGAGGGACUGAAAUGGACUCAGUGGUCUUUGAAGACGUGGCUGUGAACUUCACCCUGGAGGAGUGGGAACUGUUGGACCCUGCUCAGAGAAAGCUCUACAGAGACGUGAUGCUGGAGACCUGCAGGAACCUGGCCACUGUGGGUUCUUGCCCGCAAGUUAAGGUCAAUAUGUCAAGUCCUCAGUGGGAUAUUUUGGAGACUGGACUGUGCAUUGAACGGGAAGUUGUAAGAUUCACAAGAAAUGACUCUAGGUCUGUUUUGGGAGAAAACUGGGCAUUUCAUAACCUGCGAGAUCGGCAUCUAACUGAGGAGAGAUGUGUGAGAAAUCAUUUGGUGGAAAGUCUCUGUGAAGGUAAAGAAGAUCAUCAAUCUCUAAAAACUCCAAACAGGAUUAUAGAUCUUACUGUGCAUGAGAGGUAUCAGAUUAAAAUUCAGCCUCAUCAAUGCAUUACAUGUGGAAAAGCCUUCAGGGAUCAUUCCUUGAAGAAGAAUCAGCAAAAGUCUCACACUGGACAAAAACCUUAUACAUGUGAGGAAUGUGGACAAACCUGCAGCUGUGUUUUGUGCCUCAGCCCUGCUGGGGAAACAGACUUUAUAGAAAAACGUGGUAAAUGUCAAGAUGCUGGGAGAGCAUCUAAGAGAUGCAUGAAGAGUCACAGUAGUAAACAAUCCUUAGACUGUAAAAAAUCUGGAGAAGCUCUCACUUUUCAGGGACACAAGAGAGGUCAAUAUGGCCAGAAAAUCUAUGUGUGUGACGUGUGUGGGAAAUCUUUCAGUUAUUACUGCCAACUUAAACGGCACGUGAGAACUCACACUGGAGAGAAACCCUACAAAUGCAAAGAAUGCGGGAAAGCUUUUACUGGCAUCUCACACUUCCGAGAACAUGUGCGAAUGCACACUGGAGAGAAGCCCUAUGAGUGUAAGCAGUGUGGCAAGGCUUUCAGCUGGUGCACCUACCUUCGGGAACACAUGCGAACACACAGUGGAGAAAAGCCCUAUGAAUGUAAGCAGUGUGGCAAAGCUUUCCCCUAUCUCAAAUCCCUGCAAGGACACGUGAGGAUACACACAGGAGAGAAGCCUUAUGUGUGUAAUGAUUGUGGGAAAUCCUACAGUUGUCCUAAGUACUUCAGAAAACAUGUGAAAACACACAGUGGAGUAAAGCCCUAUGAGUGUACAGAAUGCAGAAAAGCAUUCAUCACUUCUUCAUCCCUUCGAGAACACAUGAAAACACACAGUGAAGAGAAGCCUUAUCAGUGCCAGCAGUGUGGGAAAGCCUUCAGGUAUCCGAGAUCUUUGCAAGGACACAUGAUAACUCACAGUGAAGAGAAACCGUACGAAUGUCAGCAGUGUGAAAAAGCCUACAGGUGUCUCAUAUCCCUGCAGAGACACAUGAAGACGCACACUGGAGAAAAAUUCUGAAUAUGAAGACUGGUGGGAAAGCCUUCUCCCUUAAAAGCUUAUAAAUGAAGCAGUCAAGGGGGAGAAACAUUAUGAAUGGAAAGAAUGCAGGGAAAGCCUUCAGCACUUCAUUUAUUUUGUACUUGAAAACUCAGGGUAGGAUGAAUUUUUUUAAUGGAAAUAAAUAUAGUUUUUCCUUAUAAAUGCCUCAUCUUUAAUAGGGAUCCCAGUGUAUUAAUUUCUAGUUUGUGUUGCUGAUCUGAACCACUUAAGAUAAUAACCAUCCCUCUAUGUUCCCGUCAUCUUUACUACUUGUGUGUUGUGACCCUGGACAUUAAAUACACAGUUAUAUA